AUGAAAAAAGAUUUAAUCCUCCUGUUGACAACAGCAGCUUUUAUACUGCUCGGGUGUGCCCAAUAUUCGGGGGAGGUCAAUGCGGUUGCAUCAGCGAAAGAUUAUUCAGAUGAUCGCAUCCUUACAGUCCUGCCGUACGACGCGAUUCCCGCAAUCACAAACCCCGAAUUUGUCUCAGCCAACGAAGCGAAACUGGCGGCUGAUUCGCCGGUCAUUGGUGUUAGUUUCAAGGGCGAAAGCCGCGCCUAUUCGAUCCAUCUGCUUAACGGACACGAAAUCGUCAACGAUGAAGUCGGCGGCGUCAAGAUUGCGACGACGUGGUGA